AUGCGCCAACGCGUAGAGCUGCUGCGCGCAUACGCACUGCUGCUUCCGGCCAUGCUGAGGCUAAUAAAUUCUGCUGCGGCCACUCCAACAGGAGGACAAGCAGCAGUAGAGACAGUAGAGACAGCACCAACAGCCGCUGCCGAUUGUCCCUAUCCGCACUUACUGAGACUCCACGUAGCAGAUGUUAUAGCUGCUGCUUCUGCUACUACACCCCGUGCUGCAGGGGAGGCCCGAUUUACUGCAACAGCAGCGGCGACAGCUCCAGGAGUUAAUGCUGCGCCGAGAACAGCGCAGACAACAGGAAAAAAGGGAGGGGCGGCGGCCCCUGUCGAAGUCAUUGCUCACGAAGGGACGAAGCAACUCGCUGCUUUCCUUUGCAGCCGUGCAUGCAGGGAGCUCCUGCAUCAGUUUCUUCAGUUGCACCUCUUCAGAGCUGCUGCUGCGGAGGUGGCUCGAGCUGUGUCAGAACACGAGCAGGGCAGCAGCGACUGCACUAUUGACGGCUUGGCGGUGCAGCAAGGACUGCACACGUAUGUGUUCGCUCCAGUGGAGGCAACAGCAGCAGCACUGCGUGCAACGUUGUAUGCAGAGAUGCAUAGCAGUGCCCAGUGGUCCCCCACAGGGGCACUGGACAUCCUGGGUUUCCGUCUGAGCUGUAGACUUCUUGCCGCACUCGUACGCGCCUUGCAAGCCUCUAGUGAACUGCGCAUGUCACGACAACAGCAGCAGCAACGGCCACAGCAAGAAUUAUUCACUGUCAGCGACCGCCGUCGCAUAGAUCCUUUUGUGAUGCUUUGCUUGCGUGAGGUUCUAGAGCUUGCUCGCUGCAAGGGCAGCACCAGCAUCAGGAACAGCCAUAGUGGCCUCCAAAACACGCAGUAUCCCGCUGCUGCUGCUGAAGCAGCAGCACCAUUUGCCGUUUCUCCUCCUGAAAACAGCGAAAGGACCCUUUCAACAACUGCUGCUCCAUGCCUCCCUGAAACGCGACAGCUGCUAGUCCUUUUUUUGCGUUCUUGUGCUGCCAAGUUUAACACAGCUGCAGCAGCAGCAGCCACCGCCGCUUGCGCGCCUCCUUCCACGGGAAUCACUCGUGAUUCGGGGUCUCCGAGCUGGCGAGACAUUGCAGAUGCAGCACGAGAUGCAUCGAGGCUCCAGGUCAUCCUGCAUCCCAAAGCUGCGUCGUAUGCAGCAGGGGCAGUGGGAGCAGACGUAUCUGUUCCCACUGCUCCUGCUGCCGAGAUUGCGAGCAACACAGCCAUUGUCUCAGAAGCGCAAAAAGUAUUGCAGGCUGCGGCGGCAUACUGCUUACCUCAUGUGGCAGACAUUCCCCCAGUUGACUUGGCCGCACUACUGUGGGCUGCUGCUUCCGCAGCGCACUGUAUCCCUAAGCAGCAGUGGAAGCAGCGCCUGCUGCUGAACCGGCUGUUUCAAGCGGCCACCGCCAGUCUCCUCCUGCCGCUUCAGAAUGCUCAAGUUCUACUUCAAUCAGUGGCAGCUCAGCAGCAUCAGGAGCACCAGAAACGGCAUCAGCAAAAACGGGAACAGCAGGUUGCACCUUGGCAGAUGCUAGCAGGAUCCAGGCAGCUGCAACAAGCUGCGCCUGUGGACAAGUGUCUCCUGAUCUGGAGUCUCCUGGUCUGGGGGCGGCCUGCUUUGGAUGGCGCGGCUGGUGGUGCAGGGGUGGGUCCCAUAGAGUGGCUGGUACUGGCAGCAACCUUUAGAUACCAGUCGCAACAACAACAGCAUCCUCUGUUGCUGCAGAGCAGCGGCGCGAUGGCGCUUCAUGCCCUGGCAGUACGGGCAGACGAGCUAACACGUCCCGCGCUUCCUUGCAUUGCAGCGGCAGUGGGAUCAACCGACUUGCAUUGCCAGGAGCAGCGUUCAGCUGUCGAAUGCGUCAGGGACAUUGAUGAGAGCCUCACAGGGAGAUGUGCUGACCGCGAAGUUUUCGUAGCUUUACCAGAGGCGCCUCCGGCGACAGUGGGAGCUCAUGCGGCCGUAACUCAAGCUCCUAUCUCCACUCCUGCUGCUGCCACUGCGGCCGACAGGGCAGCUGUCUCCUGCAUUCGUCUACUUGCGUCGCUGCUGCACUCUGCGGCGCUUCUGACUCGCGCGAGUCACCCUUCGAGGUCUCCUGCAAUGAUGGGGGUCCUUCGAAGUGCUGAUAGGGGCCUCGGUACUGCUGGGCCCUUGCUGAUCUCUCAGCUGUUACGGCAGGUGUAUGAUGUAGUCCGGAAAGAGCAAACGCAGAAGCAACAGGCCACGCUGCAGUGCCGCAACCGUCUCAAUCUUCAGCACCAUCAGACAUUUGUACCUGCGCUUAGCCCACAGUGCAUCAGUCAAGUGGUGCAUGGACAGCUACGCAUGCUGUCGGGGAAGCAGUUCACGUCGCUCAUGUGCUGUGCCUUCGACUUGGGAGCGUUGUACUCUCCACUUCACCACAUGGAACAGCAGCAGCAGCAGCAGCUAUGGACAGAGCACUGCAUGGGGUUGCAGCGCGCAUUCUUGAAGGAACUGACAGCCCGGAUUAUGAUGCAUCAGCUGCCCCCGGAGCCACUCAGCGGCACUCGAGAUGCAUUGGCUCGAAAUACGGAACCCGCUAGGCGUCAAUUGUCCUGGGAGCAACGGCAACACCAGCACCAACACAUAGACCUCUUCCAGUUGGCGUGCUGUCUGCGAGUCACUGCUGCUGCUGCACUGCAGACAGCAGCUGAAGCUCUGCGAGAAGGGCAUCUGGGAGCUGGUGAUACGAAUGGGAAGGCAGCACUUGCACUCGAGGCAAGUAUUUAUCGUGCGCCUACAGGAGUCUCGCGCGCUGCUUUAGGGAUUGCUGAUGCACUUGUCGCUGCUAAACAUCCUGCGGCCGGUUUAGAGACAACAGAAUAUCUCCUACAGGCUGUUGAUUUUAUGCCUCUCGUCCUGCAGCGACAGCAGCAGCAGCAACACCAGCAACAGCAGCGCUGGGCUGAGCCAUCGCCCAGAGUUGUGACUUAUGGCCUACCUCAGGCAAGGCGCUUUUGUCUCUAUCAAGCGGUACUUACUGCAGCCGUUCUGCGUAAGUGGGUCCCUCUGCUGAGGCCGCGUUUUUCUGCAGAGGCACCAGGAGACAGCGGAGCCACAACCCUACUUGCGGAGAGUGAAACUGCAGCCGCCUCUGCAGCUGUUAAUGCUAUUGCAGCUGGGGAUGUUGUAGUGCCAGAAAGGGUAUGGGAAGCGGCAAGGGCUGCCUUCCGCGAUGUUUCAUCUUCAACGACGGAGUCGCGCCCUCAGCGCGACGUAGUUGGCUUGCUGCAAAGGCAGAAUAUCUGUUUCGAGGCAGAGUCAAGGACCCUGGAGGGCCUCUCGGUGGAUUUCCGUAUAACCUCCCUCCCCGCUCCUGAGUUGCAACAGCAGCAGGAAGAGCUACGCCUUUUGUUGGAGGUGGAUGGACCGUCGCAUUUCCUAGUUGAAUGCGAACCGGACAACUCUCCCAGGAUUCUGUUGGGCUCUUCGCUAUUCAAGGAGACGUUGCUACGUUUCCUGGGUUGGCGCCUUAUGAGGCUGCAUGCAACCGACGCCGCAAAUGCAGCCCGUUGCGCUGUAGCGGCACAUCAGGUGCUGCAAAAGCUCAUACUGGAAACCUCCAAGCCCCUAGUAGGGGGUUUUAAAGGAAUAUGUGGGAGAGCUGCACAGCACUACGACACCUUGGUAGCUUGGCUUAUUUCCACAGACGUCCCAUACCAGACUACCGGCAAACAACUAAGAGGUCUCAACAGCUCACGAUAUAGACACUGGAAAGGAGUUAUUAUGAGACGAUGA